AUGGCCUUAAGAACGGGCAACGUAUUUGGGACAACAGUUAACGAAGUUCUCGAGCAUAAUGCAGCAGAACAUGACCAGACCAUCCGGAUCGAACCAAUUCUCCAGACUCUUGGGCAGAAGUGGAUAAAGACGUUCUUCCAAGCAGAUGGUGCUAACGGGUUUUGGGCCAUCCCUCUCCACCACCGACACAUCUACAAAACGGGUUUCUCUACACAUAUCGGCCAAAUGGCCUACCUCCGCAUGGGUCAGGGAUUGACAGGCGCGCCCUCAACCUACUCCAAGGCGAAGGACAUUAUCACAGGACCGAUUCCUGAACCAUUUCCAGAACCUGACACGAGGCAGCCCUAG